GCUGAAUAUGAGCUAUAUAACCAAUUGCUUGUUUAUAAGCGGUCUGCUUAAGCAAGAUUCUAAUUACUGAAUUACAUUUUAAUAUUAAGUCGUAGAGUUAAGACUUGGAUUACAGUAUUUAAGAUAGUGGCGACAUCCAAAUCGGUUUCAGUUUACUCAACAACAGUGAUUUACGAAGUGUUUAUUUUACAAGACCUAAAAAAAAUGAUUGGUGCAAGGCGGAAAAAGCAAAUAGCUAUCGAAGUGCUCGAACAACGCUUGCAAAGUGAAGGAGUAUUGAAUUACAACUUGAGUACAGAGGACAUCGAGCGAAGCCCGAUGCGCAAUUACUUCAGAGGGAAAACAGUUUUCCUAACUGGAGGCACAGGGUUUCUAGGGCAAUUACUGUUGGAGAAAUUGUUAAGGUGCGAGGUUCACAUGGUCUAUUUGCUGGCGCGUACUAAAAAGAAUAAAACCUCACAUGAGCGGCUCGAUGAAUUGUUUGAACAGACGCAAUUCGCUAAGCUGCGCAGAGAAUACCCCAACUACCGCAAUCAUGUCAGCAUAAUCGAAGGCGAUAUGUCCAUCAUUGGCUUAGGUAUAUCAGAUACACACCGUCAGCUGUUGGCGGAGACAGUUGAGAUCGUUUUGCACGCCGCAGCUGAAGUGCGCUUCAAUGACAGUCUGCAUAAACUAGUGACCAUUAAUUUGCGUGGCACGCGACAAAUGUUGCAACUGGCGGAGAGUUUCAAAAAACUACAAGUUUUUCAUUAUGUGUCAACUGCCUUCAGCAAUUGCAAGCCGAAUUGUCAAGUGGUCAAGGAAGACUUCUGCGAGCCACCGCUGGAGCCAGACAUACUUAUAGCCUACGCUGAAAAGUUCAAUAAUACGGCCACAGACUUAGAUAUAUUCGACACCAUAACAGCUAGGAUGAUAGGUGAGUGGCCUAACACAUAUACCUUUUCGAAGUGUCUUUCAGAAGAACUCGUACGACGUAGCGCCGCAAAAUUUCCCACAUGCGUUUCACGGCCCAGCAUUGUCAUAUCUACCAACCGUGAGCCAAUUCCUGGUUGGAUAAAUAAUGUCUACGGUAUCACUGGCGGUAUAUUCGCUUUAGCGGCUGGCCUUUCGCGUUUGCUACCCAUCUAUCCACACAAACAUAUCGAUAUAAUUUGCGCUGAUUUCACGAUAAACGCCAUAUUAGCAGCUACUUGGUCCUUGCAUCAGGAUGUGGUGGCACAUAAAAACUUAAUCAAUUCGACGAAUGCGCUUAAAGAGCAGUCAACAGUAGCAGCCAUAACUGAGGUCUCAACAAACGCACCGAGCCCCAAGGUGUUCGCUAUAGUAUCUUCUACAUACUUACCAGUUCAAGCUAUGACAACUGAGACUUUGUCGCAUUAUCUCAGCAAUCCACUGGAACGUCAUUUAUGGGUUUUAUGUCCGAAUUUAGUCGGCAAUAAACUGCUUUUUAGAUACCUUAGCAUAUACUAUCACCUAAUAGGUACUCUGUGCCUUGAUUUAGGUCUUAAAAUACUCAGGCGAAAAGAGCGCAUAUUACCUUGGGUGCGCAAAACACAAGUGUUCCUCAAUGCAGUUGCUUACUUCAUUCACUACGAGUGGAUAUUCGAGAAUACCAAUAUGCGUGCCGUCUGGGACCGCAUGGAUCCAAUCGACCACAAGAUUUUCCUCUGCGACACGCGUUUAUUUGACUAUAAUAAAUGGUGUUACACAUACAUGCAGGGCAUGAAAUAUUUCAUUUGCGAUGAUCAAUUGGAAAAUCCGAAAUCUGCGGCUGUGAGUUAUCGACGCAGGCAAAUGGUGCAUUCGGUUUUUAAGUAUAUCUUCUACGUCUCCCAAGCUGUGCUGAUCUAUGCGGUAAUCAGGGGCUUUGGAUUGCAUGAAGUAUUCAUGAAAUUAAUCAGCAUUAGAUUUGGUUUCGGAAACAGUCCAACAAAUGUAACAUAGACUGUAACUUCUGCUUUCUAUAACUCAUAAAUGUUGUGUAAAGUGACAAUAAAGGCACCUAGGUUUUCUAAUAUAUACAUAUAUGUAUAUAUAUAUA